AAAAAAUCUCAAUAAAUUUUAAUUGUACCUAUCAAUUAAAAUUAGAAACUUCACAAACACAAAUUUCUUGUAAAAUUUUAGUCAAUCUAGAAAAGUGCUAGAAAACUUUAUGGUUUUCUUACAUAAAUUGGUUCAAAAUAAGAAAUAUAAUUAAUUAGAAUAUCUUACUUUUUUUUCGCUACUUCUGCUAUUUUAGAUUGACACCUACAUUCAUGGUAUUAAUCGGAUUAGUGCAGAUAAGUGCAACGUGGUACAGUAAAACGUCCCUCUUUCCCAUAACGGAACGUAACCACGAAAAUUGUCAAAAAUAUUGGUGGAGAAAUAUCCUUUAUAUUCACAACCUUUUUAGUCUACAAGAUUYGUGUAUGAGUUGGAGUUGGUACUUGGCGAACGAUAUGCAGUACUUCCUCAUAAUAAAUUUUCUGUUGUUUUUAUCUUCAACGUACUUCAAAAUAGCAGCUAGUUUGUUGGGUAUAUUGUUUACCUCGUCAAUAAUUCUUACUGGCUACAUAUCAUACAUUUAUAAUUUUAUUCCUACAAUCGAUAAGCAAAUAAAUUUAAUGGACGUAAUAUACUAUCCACCAUGGACCAGGAUAGGACCUUACAUAGUGGGUGUGAUGUCUGCGUAUAUUGUUGUCAAAUUAAACAACAAAUUAUUAAUGAAAAGAGUAAACAAAUAUUCUGAUCGUUUAGCGCUUACAAAUACUUCAUUAUCAUAUUAUUUUCUUGAUGAUGUUGAUGUUUACACUAAUGUUGAUAAAACUGAUUUUAGAAAACAAUAAUACUCUU